CAGCAGGGCCCGCUGCGCCGCUCGCCGCAGAGAUGCCCGCGGCCGCCUCCAGCUCCGAGGGGGCCAUGCAGCAGGUGCUGGACAACCUCAUCGCCCUCCCCAACUCGCCGGUGGCUGCAGACCUGGACCUCAUCUUCCUCCGCGGCAUCAUGGAGAGCCCAAUAGUAAGGUCCUUGGCGAAGGUACAGUGGCGUGGGGCACCGGGGCCGGCCCCGCGGGCGUUGCACACGAGUGUGCGCGUGCACAGGGAGUAUGCGUGCCAGGGUGCGCACGAGCGGCUGGAGGAGACGAAGCUGGAGGCGGUGCGGGACAACAACGUGGAGCUGGUGCAGGAGAUCCUGCGGGACAUCGGGCGCCUGGCGCGGCGGGACAGCGCCGCGGCCGAGCUGGCCCGCAUCCUGCGCGAGCCCCACUUCCAGUCGCUGCUGGAGACCCACGACUCGGUGGCCUCCAAGAGCUACGAGACGCCCCCACCCAGCCCCGGCCUGGAUCCGGCCUUCAGCAACCAGCCGGUGCCCCCCGACGCCGUGCGAAUGGUCGGCAUCCGCAAGACGGCCGGGGAGCACCUGGGCGUGACGUUCCGGGUGGAGCGGGGCGAGCUGGUGGUCGCCCGCAUCCUGCACGGCGGCGCGGUGGACCAGCAGGGCCUGCUGCACGUGGGCGACGUCAUCCGCGAGGUGGACGGGCGCGAGGUGGGCAGCGACCCGCGGGCGCUGCAGGAGCUGCUGCGCGACGCCAGCGGCAGCGUCGUCCUCAAGAUCCUGCCCAGCUACCAGGAGCCUCACCCGCCGCGGCAGGUCUUCGUGCGAUGCCACUUCGACUACGACCCCGGCGCCGACAGCCUCAUCCCCUGCAAGGAGGCCGGGCUGCGCUUCGCCGCCGGCGACCUGCUCCACGUCGUCAACCAGGACGACCCCAACUGGUGGCAGGCGCGCCACGUGGACGGGGGCAGCGCGGGGCUCGUCCCCAGCCAGCUCCUGGAGGAGAAGCGAAAAGCCUUCGUCAAGCGGGACCUGGAGGUGCCCCCCCCGGCCGGCGCCCUCUGCGGCAGCCUCGGCGGCAAGAGGAAGAAGAGGAUGAUGUACGUGACGACGAAGAACGCCGAGUUCGACCGCCACGAGCUGCUCAUCUACGAGGAGGUGGCGCGGGUGCCGCCCUUCGGGCGCAAGACGCUGGUGCUGCUGGGCGCGCAGGGCGUGGGGCGCCGCAGCCUCAAGAACAAGCUGCUGCUCUCGGACCAGGCGCGCUACGGCACCACGGUGCCCCACACGUCGCGCAAGCCCAAGGCCAGCGAGCGCGACGGGCGCGGGUACCGCUUCGUGGCGCGGGGCGAGAUGGAGGCGGGCAUCCGGGCCGGCCGCUACCUGGAGCACGGCGAGUACGAGGGCAACCUCUACGGCACCAGCCUGGACUCCAUCCGCGCUGUGCUGCAGGCGGGCAAGGUGUGCGUCCUCGACGUGAACCCGCAGGCGGUAAAGGCGCUGAGGACCGCCGAAUUCGUGCCCUACGUGGUGUUCAUCGAAGCCCCCGACUGCGAGACGCUGCGCGCCAUGAACCGGGCGGCGCUGCGCACCGGCGCGGCCACCAAGCAGCUCACGGAGGCGGACGCGCGGCGCACGGUGGAGGAGAGCGGCCGCAUCCAGCGCGGCUACGGCCACUACUUCGACCUCAGCCUCACCAACGCCGACCUGGAGCAGACGUUCGGGCGCCUGCGCGACGCCAUGGAGCGCCUGCGCGCCGAGCCCCAGUGGGUGCCCGUCGCCUGGGUCUACUAGCCCCCUUCGGGGGGGGGGGGCGGAACGCGCACCGAGCCCCUCCGCAC